AUGGUCGUUAACUUUCUCGUAGUGAUAGGGCUGCGUUUCAACCCCUCUGGUGCGGUCUUUUAUCUUCGGCCCGUCACUGCCGAGCUCACUACUCCCUUCGACGAUGGUCCAGUGACUCCUAGCGGCGCCGCUUUUACUCCCUUCCGCUCUGCUCUUGAAUUGUCUUUUAACUUCAGCAUUGUCUUCUGCUUUGCCUUCCUUAUGACCAUCGCCUACUCGCCCGCCAGUACUGCUCUUGCGGGUAAGGAUAGGCUCUGCUUAGUUAUUAAGAAAUUUUACAAGUUCAGCCUACGAAAGGGUUGA